AUGAGCGAAUGUGUGUGUGACCGCUGAGGUUAGAAGAGUCUGAGCAUUCAUGUUACUAGUCGCCUGACAAGUUACCUGCAAUUACUGUUACCGGCAAUUACAAGAAUCACGAAAUAUGCCAAAAGUAGAUUCAACAAAAUAGGUGUCAAAAUAUUGUAACUUCUGAACGAGUGUACACAAACGAAGGAAAAUUAACUCUUGGGAAACUGUAAUAUGAAAAAGGACGCGACUGGGGCAUUAGGUUUUGUCCCUCAAAAAGACAUCGUAUACAAUAAGCUUCUUCCUUACGCGGACAAAUUAGAUGAAGAGUCGAAUGAAAUUCUGGGCCAGAUCAAGAGUAACUUGGCCCUGGCGGUACAGGUCCGGGAGUUAUGGCCCGGAGUUCUGUUUUGGACCAGGAAACUUUCUACCUACAUCCGACUGUACGGCAGGAAGUUCACCAAAGAGGACCACGUGCUCUUCAUCAAGCUGCUGUACGAGCUGGUCACCAUCCCCACCCUGGAGAUCGGCAUGAUGCAGGGCUUCGCUCGACUGAUGGUCAGCCUACUCAAGAAGAAGGAGCUGCUGUCUCAGGAUGAUCUGCAAUUGCCAUGGAGACCACUGUAUCAGCUAUAUGAGAGGAUUCUGUACUCCAAAACCGAGCACCUGGGUCUCAACUGGUUUCCCAACUCUGUGGAGGGUGCGUUGAAGAUGCUUGUGAAAAGCUGCAGACCAUAUUUCCCAGCAUCCUCCACUCAGGAGAUGCUGGACGAAUGGAGACCACUGCUGUGCCCGUUUGACCACACCAUGCAGAAGGCCAUCAGUUACUUUGAGCUGUUCCUGCCCACCAUCCUACCCCCAGAGCAACACCACCUAGGGUUCAAGCUGUGGUUCGAAGAACUGAUGGAUCUGUGGGUGUCUGUGCAGAACCUGCCUGCUUGGGAUGGGACUCUGGUGAACCUGUUUGCUCGCCUGGCCAACGACAACAUUGGAUACAUCGACUGGGACCCUUACAUCCCCAAGAUAUUCACCAGGUUCCUACGGAGUUUAAACCUGCCAGUGGGUGCCAGUCAGUUGCUCGUCCCCAGAUACCUGACCAACGCCUACGACAUAGGACACGUAGCGCUCUGGAUCUCUUCCAUGCUGGGAGGACCCAGUAAGCAGGCCCAGAAGCAGCUGAGUGGUCUCUUCAACAGCAUUGCCACCUUUUUCCACCCCUCCAACAAUGGCCGCUGGCUGAUGAAGCUGAUGAAGCUCCUGCAGCGUCUCCCGGCCAUCGUGGUGCGGCGGCUGCACCGCGAGCGCUACCAGUGCGCGACGUGGCUGCCCGCCGUUCCGGACAGCCACAGGCUGACGGAGCAGGACGUGACCGAGCUGGUGGAGAGCAUGAAGCAGCCCGUGCUGCUGGCCAUGUUCAGCAAGACCGGCAGCCUGGACGCGGCGCACGCUCUGCAGAACCUGGCUCUCGUUCGGCCCGGACUCGUCAUCCCACCCGUGCUGGAGAAGACGUACCUGGCUAUGGAGACUCUGACAGAGCCGCACCAGCUGACGGCUACGCUCAGCUGCAUGAUUGGCAUGGCGCGCAGCCUGGUCCGUGGAGGUCGUCAGUUCCCAGAAGGCCCCACGCACGUACUCCCCCUGCUCAUGAGGGCUCUGCCGGGCGUCGACCCCAAUGACUUCAGCAAGUGCAUGAUCACAUUCCAGUUCAUCGCUACUUUUACAACUCUGGUGCCUUUGGUCGACUGUUCAUCUGCCCUUCAUGAAAGAGAUAACCUGACAGAGGUGGAGCGGGAGCUCUGCUCAGCUUCCGCAGAGUUUGAGGACUUUGUGGUUCAGUUCAUUGACAGAUGCUUUGCGCUGAUUGAGACCAGCACUCUGGAACACACCCGGGAGGAGCUGGAGAUGGAGAAGAUGACCCACCUAGAGAGCCUGGUCGAAUUGGGCCUCUCCUCCACCUUUAGCACCAUCCUUACGCAGUGCUCCAUGGACAUCUUCAAGAUGGCCCUGAAUAAGGUCUUCAACUUUGCCACCACCAACAUCUUUGAGACGCGUAUAGCCGGGAGGAUGGUGGCGGACAUGUGCAGAGCUGCCGCUAAGUGUCACCCAGCAGAAACACUGAAGCUCUUUGUGCCACACUGUUGUAGUGCAAUAACACACAUCACUGCCAAUGAGGACGUUUUGAGUGAAGAGGAACUGGACAAAGACCUGUUGUGGAAUCUCCAGCUACUAUCUGAGGUGAGUCGUGUGGACGGGGAGAAGCUCCUACCCUACCGCACACACCUGGUAGAGAUUCUGCAGCUGACUCUCCAUGUGAAGUGCAAGCAGGGCUACAGUCUGGCGUGUAACCUCCUCCACCACAUCCUGCGUUCUACCGCCCUCAUCUAUCCCACCGAGUACUGCAGCGUCCCGGGGGGGUUCCAGCGCCCCCUACAGGAGUACCUGCCCAUCAAGGACUGGGGUCGGCAUGGGGACCUGCGGAACCUGCAGGUCCAGUGGCACGUUCCCAGCGCAGAGGAGACGGAAGUCAUCUUCGACCUGCUUGACCUGCUGCUGCAGCCCGAACUUCAGCGCCUGCAGAGACACACCCAGGGAGAGGAGGACAUGAGCAGGGAUGAUGUCCUCCAGAGCCUGGCCAUUGUGCAGCACUGCCUGCUUGGAGCUGGGAGCAUGCUACCCCCCCUGGAUGGACAGGUGGUGUCUGGCCUGGUCCGCAGUCUGGUGACUCUGGAGGAAACCAAACUGCAUGUGGGCAUGGAAUAUGACAGGAGCCGUGAGAACUACAGAGAGACCAUCUGCAUGGUCAUGAGACAGCUACUUCAUUAUAUUCUGGAACAUUCUGAGGAUGACACAAAGUCCCUCUUCUCCAUCAUUAAGAUCAUCAAUGACCUGCUACACUUCAAAGGUUCUCACAAGACCGAGUUUGACUCACGCUGGAAGAGUUUCACCUUGGUCAAAAAGUCCAUGGAGAACCGGCUCCACGGAAGAAAGCAGCACAUUCGAGCCCUGCUCAUCGACAGGGUCAUGCUACAACACGAGCUGCGAAAGCUAACAGUGGAGGGCUCUGAAUACAAGACAGUUCACCAGGACCUUCUUGUAGACCUGCUGCAGCUUUCCACUAGCACAUAUAGCCAGGUGCGUAGUAAGGCUCAGAGUGUGUUCUUCUCAGCUUUGGGAAGCUACAAUUUCUGCUGCAGGGACCUGCUCCCACGCGUGCUGAAAUUCUUGGAACCGGACCGCACCGACGUCACACAGCAACAGUUCAAAGGUGCAUUGUACUGUCUCCUAGGUAACCAAGGCGGGCUGUGCAUGGCCUGUCUCCACGACUGGGACUGUGUGGUUCAGACGUGGCCGGUCAUGGUCCGUGCCGGUCUCAGUCCGGUCAUGUGUCUAGAGAAGCCCUCUAUCGUGCGCCUCUUCGACGACCUCACCGAUAAGGUCCACCGGCAGUAUGAGACCAUCGGCCUUGACUUUACUAUUCCAGAGAGUGCGGUAUCUCUGGCCAAUAUGAUCAUGGAGUCCUGUAGACCCGCCCCCACCGUGGCCCUGCUCUCUCCAGAGGACCUGGACUUGGGUUUACAGCGCCAGCAGGCAAAAAAUCAGGACUCACAACAGACGUACGAGAGGCUUAUCGGCGAGCUCCUGGACUGCCUUAAUGAUGGAGACCUGCCCUGGAAGUUUGAACACAUGGCCAUCGGGUUCCUGUCCCUGCUGCUGCGGGACGAUCACCCCCUCCCUGUCCCUGCUGUGAGCUUCUUCAUCCAGUGCCUCAACCACGACUCCCUCACUGUGCGCCAGGUAGCAAUAUUAUCGGUUGCUGGCAUCUUCAAGCAACUCAAGAGACCCCAUAAGAAAGUUCCUGCUAGUCCUGAAGAAAUCUGCACCAGGGAGGCUGAGGGUGGGGUGGCUGAGGACAGGCCUGAUAAUUGGUGGCUUCUCUAUGACAGCAAGCGUCUGCCCCACACACAGCAGGAGUGGGACAGCUGCCAUUUUGUGGAGAAAACCCACUUGGGCUACUACAGCUGGCCACGGAAACUGAUGCUAUAUGCUCCUACACAUGAGCAGCCAAAGCAAGACCUCAGUAGAGAGGAGAUGAGUGAGAGGGAACAGGUUGUGUAUGACUACUUCUCCGACCCCGAGUUCGUCGACCAGCUAAUUGAGUUCCUGUGCCUUGAGGACCGUAAGGGCAAGGACCGCUUCAGCCCUCGACGAUUCUGCCUCUUCAAGGGAUUGUUCCGGAACUUCGGCGACGCUUUCCUGCCCGUGUUCCUGCCGCACAUGGAGCGUCUGGUGGCCGACUCCCACGAGAGCACGCAGCGCUGCGUCGCUGAGAUCAUGGCGGGCCUGAUCCGUGGCUCCAAACACUGGAGCUACAGCAAGGUGGUGAGACUUUGGGAGAUUCUCAGUUCUCUGAUCCGCACUGCACUGUCCAACAUCACCAUGGAAACCUACGUUGACUGGGGCACCUGCAUCGCCACCGCCUGUGAGAGCAGAGACCCUCGGAAGCUGCACUGGCUGUUUGAGAUGUUGAUGGAGUCACCGGUCAACGGAGAAGGGGGGUCCUUCGUGGACGCCUGCCGCCUGUACGUGCUACAGGGCGGCCUAGCACAGCAGCAGUGGCGUGUGCCGGAGCUCUUGCACAGGUUGCUGGACUACCUGGAGCCCAAACUCACACAGGUGUACAAGAAUGUGCGCGAACGCAUCGGAAGUGUGCUGACCUACAUCUUCUUGCUGGACGUGAACCUGCCGCUCACCCGCACCACGACCUCGCCGCGGAUCUGGGAGUUCACCGGGCGGGUUCUGGACAGACUCAAGCCACUGAUGGAGGGAGAUGAGGAGAUCCAGAACCACGUUUUGGAGGAGUAUGGAGAGGAGGCGCAGGAUGAGAGAACACAGGCUAUCAAACUGCUGAAGACUGUGUUGAAGUGGCAGAUGGCCAGCGCGGGGCGCUCCUUCUCCACGGCAGUUCGAGAACAGGUGCAGCUUUUGCCUCUACUCUUCAAGAUUGCUCCAGUGGAGAAUGACGACAGCUAUGACGAGAUGAAGAGGGACGCAAAAGCCUGCCUGUCGCUCAUGUCCCAGGGGCUGCUGUACCCAGAGCAGAUCCCGGAGGUGCUGCGCGUGCUGGAGGAGAUUGCCCACAGCUGUUCCUGGCAUGCACGCUACACUGUGCUGACCUUCCUGCAGGUCAUGGUCUUCUACAACCUGUUCACCUUCCUGAGCGACGAGCAGAGCGUGCACACCGUACGGGUGCUGGUCAUCACGCUGCUGGAGGAUGAGCAGCUGGAGGUGCGUGAGAUGGCUGCCACCACUCUGAGUGGGUUCCUGCAGUGUAACUUCCUCUCCAUUGACACCUCCAUGCAAGCGCACUUUGAGACCCUCAGUAAGACCCACCUGCCCGAGAAGAAGAAGAGGGAUGUGGGCUCGACAGUAGACACAGUCCCCUCAGCAGACCUCGUGCGGCGCCAUGCUGGAGUGCUGGGUCUAAGCGCCUGCAUCCUCUCCAGUCCGUACAACGUGCCCACCUGGAUGCCCCAACUACUCAUGAACCUGAGCGCCCACCUCAACGACACACAGCCCAUAGAGAUGACCGUGAAGAAGACGCUCUCCGACUUCCGACGGACUCACCAUGACAACUGGCAGGAGCACAAGCAGCAGUUCACUGAUGACCAGCUACUGGUUCUGACCGACCUGCUCGUGUCACCCUGCUACUAUGCCUAGAACAGGGGGCGUCACACCACUCUCUACAAGAGACCAUCUUUUCUUUUCAUGAUUUUUUUGUAAUAAAUAUAUUGUGAAGAUUGAGGAACAAACAGAAUAUGAAGAUUAUUUUGUCCUGCAGUUCUUACCUCCGCUCCUGUGGUCUGCGGUCUGUCUGAGUACCCUUUGGUCAUCCACAGCCAUCCGCUCUUAGGACUGGAGCACCCAAAGACCUGCCACAUCAGCAGACCGUGUGUGUGUUUGGGGGAAUGUCUGAAAAGGUGUCUUUCUGUAGGUCUCAUGUCUGAUAUACUUAAUGUUUAAGAUGAAUCCAAGGUGGGUGUGUGAAUCAACUGUGCGUUACGCUAUGGUCAGAUUUUCCGGUAGCUUAGAGGUGAUUUACGCCUAUGCUUUCUCCUAACUCUCCACAGCAUUGAUCUCAGACUGAGACAGUGUUAACGGAUUUACAACACAUUGAUGACACCUGCCAUCUACACUGAGGACUGCUGUGUUUAGUGCCACAUAGUUUAUAGUGGUUCGGUAUAGUCAAGGGACUGUAUCUACGGCACUGUUAAGAUUACAUACUGAAUUUGCAGCACUGUUGAGAUUGACCUAUUUACCAAGAUCUGUAUCAGUCUGGCUGAUGGCAUUUGGAAAGUUAACUGCUGGUGAAAGGCCAUCAUGCGAAAUGAAUAAUGUACGUUCUGUGUGCGUUUGUAUUAUAUGUGUACCUUUGUAAAUAGUACAUACACGCAUUUAACAUGUGCGUACUGUACGUAGACACUUUGUGAACCUGGAUGUUGUAAAAUGUGUUUUGUCUUUAGCCAUCAAUUAUCUAACCUGCUUAUUCCUGAUCAGGACCUGCCGCAACAUGCAUGCAUUGUGUGAGCGGCAGAACUAUACUCUGUCACCAAUCAGGACACACACGCUAUUCACUCACCCACUCAUAAUUAGGGGCAAUUUAGAGUCUCCGGUUAGCCUAGCCCAUGCCACCCGUGUCCCCAAGCAGCCAAAACUGGGCUGAUUUGAAGCUCAUUUCCCCAUCAUGCUGAGAGACACUACUCACUAGAGCUACUGUGGUUGGUUCCAGUAUAGGUAAUUCAGACCCAUUUUCAAUGUAAGGUGUAUGGUACAAUUGUGGUCAAAAUACAAAGUCAAUAAUUUUUUUCCCCCACACGAAAACGUAGUCACAAUCAAGUGUUUUUCCUUCAUCCCAUGUCUCCCCAUGUGUCAAUUUUCUUUCAGUAAUUGUGUUUUGGGGACAAUACAGUUAUACUUUGUGGACGAAUCAGGGACAGUUUCCGUCACUGUAGAAUCACUCUCUCUCUCAGUGUACAACAUGUGCACUGUGCAACAUAGUGGUGCCCGUAAACAUCCGCAGUUCCGAAAUGCUUUUCACAAUCCCACGAAUAGUCAGUGGGUGACGUAACAGUCACUUGGUCCACAUUUUUAUAUACUCUAUGGUUGUCCCUGUUUUUUUAAAUAAAAAGAAACAGUAUAGCAAUCCCUUUAUUUCUUGGAGAUGCACAUUCUAGAAAUUUCCAGAGAUGUAAGGGCGUGGCUCUGUGGGUAUAAGUCAUCGAUGCUCCAGCCAGGUUUCCUGGAGAAAUGUCCCUAGCUGCUGUAUGGGCUGUCUUGUGCAUGAAAUUGACUCUAGUCCACAAGUAAGAGUCUUAUUGGAGCGCAGGCUGUUUGGCUAUAGUGCUCUCUUUAUUUUAAAAAAUGGGGGGGCCCAGAGCAAUAUUCGUUCAGUGGGCCCAGAAUAUCUGGGCACGGUGGUGAUAGUGUGGUAAAGCUGCUCGUUACAAAUGGGGGACAAAGGCAGGCAAUAAUAAUCAUUUUACAAAUAAGUCUACUAAUAUCCUCAUGCAUUUCCAAUUAACUUCUUACUGACCGUUCUGCAAUGAGGGCACAGUAAUGACUGGAAUGCGGAUGAGCAUUUUGGCAUAUGAGGGCAUUGCACAGGUGAGUGAGGUGACUUCAGCGUUUGUGUUAUACCGUGACUAAGGCGUGAUUAGCGUGCAGCUUGUUGGAUGCGUUUGUGUUAGCAAGUGUGAGGUGGUACACACACGGCAUUGUUACAAGGUAAUACGUGCACAGGUACGAGUGCGUGUCUUUGUGCUGUCACUCAGGGCUCAGGGAUCCCCACCAACUUAGCAGUGAGCUGACUGAGCUGAUAAUCAGUAUUAUUUUAGAUUUUUAUAACCAUAGGUGGGUGUGGAUUAUGACUACAAACUGCAAAUCAGCUUUUAUUUUAUGACCAUGGGCCCAGUCAUUGUGUGUUCAGGCUGAUCCCACAGAUUUUUAUAUAACCACUGUAUAGAGUAUAGGCAAAAUUGCAGACUUUUUUUUUUUAUAGUGGAUGUAUGUUUACAAAGAGCCAAUAAAAUAGUUGUUUGUA